AUGCCUGAUAGAUCCUUGCAGGAUUACGGUAGUGGGAUAACAGUAGGAGGCGGUUACUAUCAAAAAAUAUUCAAAUAUUCAUAUUCCCAAUAUGAAUUUGCUGUUAAGUCGAAUUUUGUGAAUUUUGUGUGUGAUUUUGGUUCAGUAGCUAAUUCAAGCCCGUCACCACUCGGAAACGUAGUCGAUCACGAUGCGUCCGAUUCGGAAUCAGAAGUGGAUGAAGAGGACCGCACGUUGGUUGACAUGGACAUCCAGGAGGCCGCUAUGCAACAGCAGGCCAUCACACGGGAUAACGAAUUAGCGGCGUUUUGA